AUCAAUCUUAUAUUCCGAAAGUUAUAUUUUCAAGCUUACCACCAAACAUGCCAACCUCCAGUGAAGAUUCUUCAUCUACAACAUCUGAGGAAGAGGUUGACUUCCGAAUUCCACAUCCGCCUCCAAAUAAAUUGAAGUUCUACACAUCAGACGAAGUAGUAAUCCACAACCAACCGGAUGAUGCCUGGUUUGUAGUUAACAAUGUGGUAUUCGAUCUAACAAAGAUGAUCCGAUACCAUUCGGAACCUAAUAGUGCCACUAUGAAGUAUCUCUCUGCAUUCGCUGGAAAGGAUCUGAGUUCUUACUUCGAUGAACAUGGGGAGCCACGUAUGCAAGUAUCUUUCGUGACAGGGGCCAAGGUUCCAAUUUUUCCUGCAGCUUAUGAGAAGCUGAAAGCAGAUACUGCAUACUGGUGGGACGACUCCAAAUAUCAAAUUGGAAGGAUCACUCGACAGGAGAGGCCAAUUCGUUUAAUAAACACCCUCACAAGUCACACCGAUCUUAUGACUGUUUGUGAAGAGGAUACGAUUUACGAUAUUCAAGCCAAGUAUCGAGAUUUAUACAACCAUCAUGCUGGCAGUUAUAUUUGGAGGAAAUGGACUAAAAAUGGGAAAGUGUCCGGAAGAUUAUUUUUGAACAGGACCCUCACCGAGAAUGGAAUACCUGCGACAAAAGAUGAAAUCGGGCCGCCUCCGUCUCUUUGGCUGUUCUAUACAAAUGACUUCACAAUAGGCUAAAUAGACAGAUUCAUCACCCUCAACAUCCCAUCAGCAACAAGAUGAUCACAGUAUCUUUGCCGUCUUUGUAAAUCAUCCAGGAAAUCUUUUUCGGAAAAACC